UCGCUUUCGGCGGGCGGCACAUUCGCGCUGCGCUGGCAGCCAACGUCGCGUACGCCGACGGUAGCGCUGGGCUUGCCCCCCAAGGAUAGUCGAGACGUCAGAGAUCAGCGCUCGCGCGCCGUCGGCUCUGCCGGCCCACGGAACGACAUGCGUCAACCACGCGGCCUGCGCUGACCACAGGUGAGAAGAAUUCGUGCACGGAGAGCGUGCGAGUUCGCGACGACCGGCGACGAUGGACGUGGGUCACCGGUCGCUGCCACCGUCGCGCCGCGAGAAGAAGCGGACGGCCGAGGGACCACUGGCGGCGUUGGCCGGCGGCGCGCCCGAGUGGCUGGACGUGAUUCCGUGCGGUCAGCUAGGCGCAGUGAGGGACGUCCUCAAGGCAGCCGCAGCCGCGGAAGACAAGUCAGCCGUGCCGUCCUGCUACGAGUCUUGCGACUCGACGAGCCUCUCGAGCUUUGACAACGGUUCUGAGGGCGGCGUCGGCAGCGCCAAAGAAGCGCGCUCCAAGGACGCUUUCGCGGGCCGCUACUCGUUCAAGUCCAGGGCCAACGAACACAACGACGGCGGCUGCCAGAUCACGCGCCUGUGCAUGAACCGGGACGGCUCGGUCCGCUCCACAGGCUUCGUGCCCAGGGUGGCAGACGCAGGCGACGACGAACCACCCGAAAUCCUCGUCACCGCAGACGUCAGCCGUUGCUCGGACGACGAGAACGGCAGCAGUUGCGCCAUCGGCCGGGGCUCCCCGUACGCGUCGCUGCCGAGGGAUUUCCUGCGGGUGCCCCGGAGCCGCAAGGGCCGCCUGGUACUCUCGGGCCCUAAGAAGGCCGGCCGCAAGAAGGGCUCCGAGGUGUUCGAGGUACGCCGCGUGCCUUCGGACUCUGCGGACUCGGGCAUCUACACGAGCUUCGGCAAGGAGAUCCGAAGUUACGGUCUGCCGCAAGACGACGCCGCGACUCCAGCCGGCCGCAACAUGCCGACCCCGGAACCUCAGGUGGCAGAGAGUUCGCUAGCCACGGUGACCGCUCCCGUGACGGUGGCGGCCGAAGCGCCGCCCGACGAGAGCACCACCGGCUCGGCCCAAGUGGAGAUGGAGCGGCGCCGACGGCAGCGGAACACAGAGCUGGCCACCAUCUUAAUCUUCAUACCCGUGCUCAUUGCCUGGGUACUGAUCGUGCCAUUGGUGUUGUUUUCCUACUCGUUUGAGAAUCCGUACAGCAAGCACUUUGAAGUGGCGCUGUGGAUAUGCAUUCCGCUAUCUACGGUGGUGCUCAGCGCUACUUGCCUCGUGAGCAACGUCUACUGGUACUACGACAGGGAUGCCGGACGCUGGCGGUACCUCAUACACUGCGGAAAGGGACCCGCAGGAUUUUACUGGGGAGACGUGCUCACCGAACCUGACCACGGAAAGCAGCAGCAGGUUGGCGGCGUGCAGGUCGUUUAGGAGACAGCACUGACACAAACACACGCCCAGUGAUCACUGUGGAGUAGCCGGGACAAGGCUAUAUACCUUACCCCGGGCACUGCCUUUGGCACGGGGCACAGUUGCAACUUUUGUUUCCUGCUCUUACACGAAUGGCUAAGAACAAUUCCACCCAGGGGUUCUGAUCGAGAAAUCGCCUGGAUAUUGUAACAACUUAAUUCUGUGCUAUUACUUUUUAUGCUCGUUCACUGGUGUGAGCGGCGCUUCGCAAUGUCGCCAACGGCAUCGGCCGGCUGUGAAGAGUAGAUGUUCCCAAAGUAAUACAACGGCGUGAAAGAAAUUUUUACAACAUGCCGUUUCAGGGUUCUUAUUUCUGAAACAUUUAUUGCAAAUGCCGUCCUUGCCAUAGCUGCUGCAGUCGCCGAGUUAGCAUGCUGAUCUUUACUGCUAUAGAGGUGGAGCUCGAAAUCCUGGGAACAAGCAAGCGUUCUUACUCAAGUGAAGUUUCGUAGACAUGAGCCCCAUUUCCCUACUGUAAACUUUUACCACUUCAGGUAAACGUAACAGGGUCAUUCCGGAGAAGCGCGAGACUAUGUGAGAAUGAGCGAGUAUUCAUGCGUGACACCGUGACACUGCUGUGUUCGUGCGUCAGCACAGCACGUCCUCGAAAUUCCAGAAAGUAGCGAAACUAAGCGCUUUUGUCCACUACCACUGCACUGAGUUUGCUAUUCCCUCGCCUUUGCAAUAGCACUCAUAUAAAUGCUGAUGAUCUUGUUUGGGGAUAUUGCCACCAGUGUCGAGGAUCACUGCGCUCCUACACACUAAUGACGAUGUCUUUAAAAGGGAUAAAUCUUGUCGUUCAAUCUGUAGCGGAAACAAAAAAAAAGUCUGCCUGUCCCAGCAAGAUUGUUAAAAUGGCUGAUUGCGCAACAAGGUGUGGUUUUCUUAUAGAAUACUCACUGUGAUUAAUUUCUGCUUUCUCACGUUAACACCGUACUGUUGCAGACUUUCAGUCAUCCUAGAAAUACUUCUCACGUAUCUAUAGUUGAAGUGGUGCUUCAUAUUCACCCAACUAGAACAUGCCAGGUGGCAAUUCUACAUUCACAUGACGAACAUGGACACAGGAUCAAUGUUAAACCUAAGAGAGAUGUACCAAAAUUUAUGCAAAAAGUGAGUUUCAGUAAAUUGACUAUGUUGAAUUCAUAAAUUUGUAAUAACCAAAUAUUAUUGCAAAAAAGUUGCUUAGCUAUAGAUGGGAGUAGAAGCAAAGUCGCACUCUGCUCUUUGUACCACGGGUUGGAGAGUUACGAAGACAAUUUUUUUUUCACUCAGGGUGCAAAUUUAUAACUUCAAUUUUCUUCAGUGCCCAGAACAUGGCUGUGCAGAGAAUGACACACUUCACCAGAUGCAAUUCGCAUUUAUGUAUGUUUGUCGCCAUAAAUUAGAAACGUAUGCUCCACAGCAAUACCGUGCGACACAGGGUGAAGCUUGCGUUCGCUGGAUGUACCUAUACGUCGACGUCAUUGUGCGGAGCAUUUGCGUCGUUUUGUGCUUCGUACAAGUUUGUUGCAUCUAUAAUCUUUCAUCUUCUUUAUUGUUGCCCUUUCAUUGUUUCAUCUUGUGCACACCACGUAUUCCCCACGCACACAGCGCAGGCGUAAUACACUGCGCAUUCGCGAGCUGGCCCUUGAAAUUGUGCUUCAAAACGAAAAAAAAAAAAGACUGGGUGGGAAAUUUUGUGUUCUGCUUCUCAGCUCCCGACCCCGGGGAGCGGUUGGAAAAUAAAGAAGAACAUCAUGCGUAGUUUGACAGAUGGUGUUAUGCGUGAUCUUUUUGGCGACUUGAGGAGCGAUUAGUGUUGUCUGUGAAUGAAUGUUCUUUUGUUUCACGUGCUGUACAUUAUUUGGCAGAGAAGCCUCGGCAAAAGCGUGUGUCCUUGUAGAAAUAUGCACUAUGCAUACGAAGGCCAUCUUGCUGCAGAAGUAUUGCGGGACCUCCCUGCUAUGUAACGUAUAAUGGCCGUCUUAGUCAGGGGCCGAACCUUCGCAAACCUGUCGACAUGGAGGAAAAAUAGAGCUAAUGUUUUUGGUGCCACACCAAGUUGUCAUGUACUGAUUUAUUUGCAGGCGAAGCCCUUCUAUCGCUUGCUCAUAAUCCGCGUGUUGACCAUGCAUGUACAACUGCAUCAAUAAAAAAAAUUCUGCUUGGUGUUACAAGUAGUUAGAAAGCCAUUAGUACGUCAAAGCCAUCGGGUGAUGAACUUGUACUGUUUGUACCUGUCGGUAUUCAGCCAAUAGCGUGUUUUCCCCGCCAUGUUUUUUUUUCUUCAUGAGACAAAUAAACCUCAUGAAACAACA